AAUAGGAUAGUAUGAUCUCUACAUCCACAUGUACCUCUAUAUAUAUAGAUGCUCUUUUGUAGUGUUAAUUCACAUUAUCAUACACACAUUCUUCAUAUAAUUAAAAUGGAGCAUCCAAUCACCAUUUCUCAUUACACUCCCCUCCCGGACGGUGAGCAUUCACCGUCAUUAACCACCACUAAUACGGCUGAGCAAUCCAGUCGGCGACGGUCAUUAACGUUUGUACUUUUGUUUAGUUCAAUAUUGGCUGCUUGUUUAGUCAUGGGUACGAUGGUUUUGUUUCCAAAUAGCGGUAACGAGGCUGUUGAAAAAUCUACGGUGGUGCCGGAGGAGACGGUGGAGGUGGCGCCACGUGGGGUGGCGGAAGGAGUGUCGAUGAAGUCGUUCCGGCGGCCGGCAUUGAAUGCGGAGCCGCCGGCUAAUUUUCCGUGGAAUUCGAACGUGUUGUCUUGGCAAAGAAGUUCUUUUCAUUUUCAACCAAACCAAAAUUGGAUGAACGAUCCUAAUGGACCUUUAUUCUACAAGGGAUGGUACCAUUUAUUCUAUCAGUACAACCCUGAUGGUGCAAUAUGGGGAAACAAGAUUGUCUGGGGACAUGCAGUUUCCAGCGAUUUGAUCCACUGGAAACAUCUUCCAGUUGCCAUGGUCACUGAUCACUGGUACGAUGUUAACGGGGUCUGGACCGGGUCCGCGACAAUACUCCCUGAUGGUCAGAUUGUAAUGUUGUACACAGGAUCAACUAAUGAAUCAGUGCAGGUUCAAAAUCUCGCGUAUCCCGCUGACCCUUCUGAUCCUCUACUCAUUGAAUGGGUUAAGUAUCCUGGUAAUCCGGUUCUGGUACCACCUCCUGGUAUUGAUUUUAAGGACUUUCGUGAUCCGACGACAGCCUGGAGGACGCCUGAGGGCAAGUGGCGUCUGAUUAUUGGAUCGAAACUCAACAAGACCGGCAUUUCAUUGGUUUAUGACACGGUGGAUUUUAAGAAUUUUACCCUUUUAGACGGGGUGUUGCACGCGGUCCAUGGGACGGGUAUGUGGGAGUGUGUGGAUUUUUAUCCGGUUUCAAAAUUCGGGGAAAAUGGAUUGGACACAUCGUUUGAUGGGGUUGGAGUGAAGCAUGUUAUGAAGGCUAGUCUCGAUGAUGAUAGAAAUGAUUAUUAUGCGAUUGGAACUUAUGAUCCUGUUUCGGGAAAAUGGGUCCCUGAUAAUCCUGAAUUGGAUGUUGGUAUUGGACUGAGGUACGAUUAUGGAAUAUACUAUGCUUCGAAAACGUUUUAUGAUUCGAAUAAGAAGAGGAGAGUGUUGUGGAGUUGGAUCAAAGAAACUGAUAGCGAAAUUAGUGAUGUCAGAAAGGGCUGGGCAUCAGUCCAGGGUAUUCCAAGAACGAUAUUGUUUGAUCCUAAAACAGGGAGCAAUCUACUACAAUGGCCUGUUGAAGAGGUUAAUAAGUUGAGAUUGAACAAAACGGUAUUUGAAAAUGUGGAGAUCAACACUGGUGCAGUUCUGCCGCUUGAAAUUGGCUCAGGAAGUCAGUUGGAUAUUACGGCUGAAUUUGAGGUCGAUAAGGAAAGUCUGGAGAGAGUACAAGAAACAAACGAGGUGUAUGAUUGUAAAAACAAUGGGGGUUCUUCUGGGCGAGGCGCUUUAGGACCAUUUGGUUUGUUAAUUCUUGCUGACAAAGAUCUUUCGGAGCAAACCCCUGUCUACUUUUACAUUGCUAAAGGUUCUGGUGGAAAUCUCCGUACCUUCUUCUGUGCCGAUCAUUCAAGGUCUUCCAAGGCAGUCGACGUUGACAAAGAGAUUUAUGGUAGUGUUGUUCCAGUACUCAGAGGUGAAAAAUUAACAAUGCGAAUUUUGGUGGAUCAUUCUAUUGUGGAGAGCUUUUCUCAAGGAGGAAGGACAUGUAUAACUUCCAGGGUUUAUCCAACCAAAGCCAUAUACAAUAACGCUAAGGUUUUCUUGUUUAAUAAUGCCACGGAAGCUAGAAUCAUUGCUUCACUGAACAUCUGGCAGAUGAACACUGCUCAAAGACAAACACAUUUUGCAGAUCUUGUUAUAUGACAUGUAUAUUUUAAUUUAGAUUCGUAUAUGUUUCAAUGAAAAUUUUCCAUUCAAUUUUUCAA